CGUUGUACAGUCCUGCCCCACACAGUCCCGCUUUGACGCUGCUAUCGAGCGCAUUCAGUCUGAGACACCUCGCCGUCGUACCGAGACGAGAUCGGCGUCGAAAGUACACGGCAUGGGCGUAUGAGCGGUUGCUAGCGAGUCACAAGACUAGAGGCGAAGCGGGACGAUGUAUCUGUUAUUAGAGGGCCCCGAUCUGAAUGCUCAUACCUCGCUAGCCUUUUUUGACUUCAUCUAUCUAGUUAUCUCACAACAUCUGCUUGCCCACUAGAGUCAAUACACGCUCACCAUGACCCUGGCUAUGGCUUCAAGUACUGAUCCCUCGGCCGAGUUCACCGCUCCUGCGAAGCCUGUCUGUCUCCCCGGACCGGCUAGAGCUGUCGUGAACCAGAGAAGACGAUCACGUUCUGCCUCUUUCAUCUUGUACGACCAUCUCGCUGCUCGAGACUGGGCCGUAACGGCUGCAGGUCAGAUCAACGUGCAAAUGUCAGAUCACAUGACUGACUACAGCGCUUCAGCAGAACCGCAAGAGCCGCUCGCAGGCAUACUCUCGCCGCCCGUGCGAGGUCGAGGACGACGCAACGCCCUCUCUAUACACGUGCAACCAUCCUCCACCACAAGUACCCAAGUAUUUUGGAACGAGCCGCAACCAUUCGCAACAGCUCUUGAGCUGAGGCACAAGCAGAAAGAGCAGGUCUACGACCCGCUAGAGGUCGACCUAUGCGCCAUGUCAUUGGCUCCUCCACCACGCAUCAGGCGCGAGUUGACAUAUGGGACACUAGCUUCGCUCGAUUUAUCAACAACGACGGAUCGCUGCUCCUGUGGAAAGCGAGCUUCGUACUCCGCCUCAUCCGCUACCGAUUCGGCGAUCUCCUCGUGCUUCUCGGCUAUCCCUUCGGAUCUCGAAGUAGCCUCGUUUUACAGCGCAGCUACCGAAUGCCCUCCCUUUUACAACGGCACUGGACAAAAAGAUAGCAUAGUCGCUUCUCGAUCAAGAGAUAGCAAGCCUAUCUCCGGAACACUCCAUGCAUUCGGCCCGGAAGCUUUUCUGGUUCACUUACGUGAUCGGGCAGCCCGAGACGAGCAUGUCACAGGGAUAGGCAGUCUGCCAGGCGUAGACCCCUCUACUGGUUUGCUCGACAGUGUGGACCCCCAGGGCUCCACGGAGGUCUCUUUUUCGGAGAGCAAAAUCCGUCAGCAGCGAAAUGCCAUGAGGGAUCUUACUGAAGAGCUCGAGGUCUACCUGGCCGCGCUGGUCGAGCGUCGGGGCGACUGUCCUGCUACCGUUGGUUCCCAAGCUUUCGCCACGAUCUCGAGUCUCUUAUCCGCUUCUCGCUCUCGAGACAACCAAGCUCAGCAAAGCUCCAGCAGUGCCUCACCUUGGACAUCGGCCGACAUGGAGCGCGAGUUGACACCAGAGAGCGAGAUGCUGAACAUGUCAGCUGCCUGCAGACGUCUGUCUCUACAGAAUCCUGCCAUCCUCCUUCCCUUCAGUCUCAUGCCUCCCAAGCAACAGAUGCUGCUGGCGGGUAUGAGUAGCGUUGCAGAGCAAAGACGUCGCUCUUGCACAGGCGCCUUGGCCUCUUGGGACGACCUUCAAGACGCACGCCAGCCUAUGGACAAACUCUUCUCGCAGCGACAGGUCAGGGAAGAGCGCUGCGAUGUCAGGUUGAUCCAAGGAGUGGCAGCUCUCGCGACCUCCCUCUUUGCUACCCCUGAGCUCCGGACUGAUUCUGGUCCGUCACUCGUCUUCCAGCCUGUCAAUACUUUCGACGGGGAGGUGUUGACCACCGUAUCACAGGUGCUUGGAAGGCAUCGAGAAAAUUGGAGUCUCCUUCUCGCAGCAGACAGACGUCUGUCUGUGGCUUCCGAAACAGAUGACACUCUCUUGGCAGCCCUGUUCGCAUACGCCGCUUCCUCAUUGUUGCCUAGCUUACCCUGAAAUUCCACCAAUGUUUUUAUCAGAGUCUUUGCCGUUCCUGUGUCCCUAGCUCCGUACUUCUCUCGUCACGAAUGCUGCAAACGUUUUCUUCCCUUCUUUCGGUAUCAAUAUGCCUGCUCGAUCCCUGUACGCCUCCGUGUCGAGCCCAUUUGAAUGCACGUCUAGUCUCAGCG